UUUUUCCUAACUCGAGUCUUUUUCUUCUCUCUACGCCAGAAUUAUCUUUCUCAUCUCCUCCCUCACGCAAGCGACUUUGCAGUAACAAACCAACCAACCCUCCUCGCCGCGGCCGCCGCCACCGCGAAGUCGGCGACCCGUAUUACGCUGCCGGCAGCGGAAGCCCUCCCUAACCCCUCCCCUCUCCUCCUGCCCCGUCGAAUUGGGCGCGGGGCCUCGAGAUGAUGGCGUCCCGGCGGGGCAGCGGCGGCAACACCAGCAGCUGCUGCGCGCUCUGCGAGGGAUCCAACCUCCCGUCCUGCUGCUCGGCCUGCGUGAACUCCAAGCUGGCGGAAUACCACGCGAAGCUGCGGAUGAUGAAGAAUCUCCGCGACUCCCUCAACGCCCGUAUAGCCACGCGCCUCGAUGCCAAGAGGAAAGGGGACGAGCAGAGAAACUGGAGGGUGAGCAAGGCACACGAUAUCAAGGAGCUGAGGGAUCAUCUCGCUGAACUGAAAAGGCGAAAUGCGAUAGAGAAGAAGAAAGCUGAGCAGGCAUCACGUGAUCUCAGAGAGAGAACGGCAUUGUUGAAUUUGGCUUUUGUCACGCUGAAAAAGAAGCGAAAUGAUUCAUCGGUGAUGCACACCAAUGCCAUGAAAGCAGCACAGAUGGGUCUUAUGGCAACUACCUCAGAGCAUUUAAAAAUGCAGUCAAAAGCUAUGAAGCAACUUUGCAGAUUGUUCCCAUUGCGACGAGUUAUUAAGGAUGGCGAACAGAAUGAUGGCUACAAUGGUCCAUAUGAUGUAAUAUGCAACGCUCGUCUACCUCGUGGUCUCGACCCACAUUCAGUUCCAUCCGAAGAAUUAUCAGCUUCUUUGGGGUACAUGUUACAGCUCCUCAGUAUUGUAGUUCCUAUCCUAGCCGCACCUGUCCUCCACAUAUCUGGCUUUGGGGCUUCGUGUUCACGUGUAUGGCAGCGUAGUUCCUACUGGAGCACACGACAGUCCCAAAGCAAAGUCUACCCACUUUUUAUACCUAGGAAAAAUAAUUGCUCUGUUGGUGAGGAUAAUUCAUGGACGGAAAGUGGUUCGGGUAACUUUGGUGUUCAAUCUGUUGAUUCAGACAACAAAUCGGUUCUUGACUCCAAGAGAAGCAAUAGCUUUAACUUCUCUAUUGCAUCUUCUCACUCCAUGGAGAGGCACCAAGAUUUGCAAAGAGGAAUAUCAUUACUAAAGACAAGUGUUACUGCCAUUACUACCUAUUACUAUAACUCAUUGGGUAUGGAUGUGCCAUCCAAUCUUUCUACUUUUGAAGCAUUUGCAAAGUUGCUCCAUAUGCUAUCAUCAUUAAAGGUCCUUCGCACAACUCUUCAAUCGAACGUUGCUUCAAGGUCAGAGAAGCAAGGACAGCAACUAAAUAGAUCUAUAUGGAAAGCGAGCUCCGCUAUCUCAUCUAACAGCAGCCUGAUGGACAGUGUGAACACAGCUAUAAUGCCUAGUUCUCUGGACAACCUCCUGCUGAACUCCAACACGAGCUUCCUGUAUAGCGGUAAACCGACGAAGCAUGGUGGAGUUCCAGACAACAUUUUAGAAGGCUGGGAUAUGGUAGAGCGCGACGUCCUACCACCACCACCGUCGCGGGUUGAAGACGUUGCGCAAUGGGAAAGAGCCCACACCUUCAAUCGCACUGGCUCCAAAAAGAAGUGAUGGUUAGGCGCUCAUGUAUUCUCUGAAGCCAGGCUGUUAAUUUAGGACACUGCAAGCCUCUGCAUAGGCUUUCAGCUGAUCAUAAGGUUUUUGGUUGAUGUACAGAACUGACCAUAACCUGUGACAAUGAAUAUGCAGAGAAGAGGGUGUAAUUGAUCAGCUGGCAUCUGUAAAGCACCUUCAAUUUGUAAAUAUACAUGUAAUUGUACAGUACUUCCUAUCCAAUAAAAAAAUAUAGUUGAAAUGUGCCUGCUCA